CUUGCCAUUUGGAAUGAGCUUGCGGGCUACGCCUGCACAUCCCCGUGAGCCAAGAGGCUUAAAGUGGUGAAGCUGCUGCUGCUGUUACCUGGGUGCCACAGGUGAUCACCUUGAGAUGGCUUGUGCCAUAUGGCACUCAGUCAUUCUUACUACGCUAAAGGGCAAAUAUUUAUCCGAGGAUAUUUACCUGGCCCAGAAGAAAUACAUAUUAUGUCCAUUUUCCUCAGAGUGAACAGUAUUUUUAGACAUUGUCUCUGAGAGGUGGGACACUGAUCAUUUUUCCUCAGACUGUGGCUUGAGGACCAUUUGCAUCCAGAUUGCCUGCCUUGUUUAAAAUUCAGAGCCCCUUGCAUCACUCCAGAAGCAGCAAGUCACAGACACUGGGAGUGAAGUGCAGAAUCUGCGAACUUCUGAAAUUUGAGAAUUGUUGGAGUAGAACAUCAGAGCUCUGAUACAGGGUCAACAGGUUAAUUUGGCACCAUGGGGAUACAAGGAUUGCUACAAUUUAUCAAAGAAGCUUCUGAACCCAUCCAUGUGAGGAAGUACAAGGGACAAGUAGUAGCUGUGGAUACAUACUGCUGGCUUCACAAAGGAGCUAUUGCUUGUGCCGACAAACUAGCUAAAGGUGAACCUACUGAUAAGUAUGUAGGAUUUUGUAUGAAAUUUGUUAAUAUGUUACUGUCUCAUGGGAUCAAGCCUAUUCUUGUAUUCGAUGGAUGUACUUUACCUUCUAAAAAGGAAGUAGAGAGCUCUAGAAGAGAAAGACGACAAGCCAACCUUCUUAAAGGAAAACAACUUCUUCGUGAGGGGAAAAUCUCAGAAGCCCGUGACUGUUUUACCCGUUCUGUCAAUAUCACGCAUGCUAUGGCCCACCAAGUAAUUAAAGCUGCUCGGUCUCAGGGAGUAGAUUGCCUCGUGGCUCCAUAUGAAGCUGAUGCGCAGCUGGCCUAUCUUAACAAAGCGGGUAUUGUACAAGCUAUUAUUACAGAAGACUCUGAUCUCCUAGCCUUUGGCUGUAAAAAGGUAAUUUUAAAAAUGGACCAGUUUGGAAAUGGACUAGAAAUCGAUCAGGCUCGGCUGGGAAUGUGCAAACAGCUUGGGGAUGUAUUCACAGAAGAGAAGUUCCGUUAUAUGUGCAUUCUUUCAGGCUGUGACUAUCUCUCAUCGCUGCGUGGGAUUGGAUUAGCAAAGGCAUGCAAAGUACUACGACUAGCCAAUAAUCCAGAUAUCAUAAAGGUUAUCAAAAAAAUUGGACAUUAUCUCAAGAUGAAUAUAGCAGUACCAGAUGAUUACAUCAAAGGAUUUAUUCGUGCCAACAAUACCUUCCUUUAUCAGUUAGUUUUUGAUCCCAUCAAAAGGAAGCUUAUCCCUCUGAAUGCCUAUGAAGAUGACAUUGAUCCUGAAACACUAAGCUACGCUGGGCGGUAUGUUGAUGAUUCUAUAGCUUUUCAAAUAGCACUUGGAAAUAAAGAUAUAAAUACUUUUGAACAAAUUGAUGACUACAAUCCGGACACUGCUAUGCCUGCCCAACUGAGAAGUCAUAGUUGGAAUGACAAAAGAUGCCAAAAGUCAUCUAACAUUAAUAGCAUUUGGCAUAGGAAUUACUGUCCUCAACGUGAGCAGGAUAUUGUUUCAGGUGCUACACGAUUGAAGGAAAAUCUGACUACGGUGGGCAUUGAAAAAGUGAUAAAUACUAAAGGGUUAAAUCUUCCAAGGAAGUCCUCUGUUGUUAAAAGACCAAGAAAUGAAGAGCUGUCAGAAGAUGAUCUGUUGAAUCAGUAUUCCUCACUUUCAAAGAAGGCCAAGAAAAAUAGUUGUGAAGGUAAUAAAUCACUGAACUCAUCUGAAAUGUUCAUGCCUGACUUGAUAGAUCCACCUACUGGCAAAAGAAGCUUAAGCCCACCACCUCGGACAAGGAAUAAAUUUGCAACAUUGUUACAGAGAAAAAAUAAAGAAAGUGGUGCAGUUGUAGUUCCCGGGACCAGAAGCAGGUUUUUUUGCAGUUCUCUGGAUGCUGCGAACUCUGUUUCAGAGAAAGUAAGUAGCCAGUCUCUAGAAGAAACUGCUGUCACAGGAAAAGAGACCAAUCCAAGUGAAUCAGGUUGUCUAGACCUAAGCAAGGAACUGGUUGAUACAAAUACAGCACAUCAUUCAAGUGAUGAGAGUCUAAAUGGUGUAACUGUGUUUGCUAAUGAGGCGUCUCAGUCUUUUACAACCAGCAAAUUCACAAGGACCAUUUCACCACCCACCUUGGGGACACUAAGGAGUUGUUUUAGUUGGUCUGGAAGUCUUGGAGACUUUUCAAAAACUCCAAGCCCCUCCUCAAGCACAGUAUUGCAGCAGUUCCGAAGAAAAAGUGAUUCCUCCACCCCUCUGCCAGAGAAUAAUAAGAUGUCUGAUAUAUCUCAGUUAAAGAGUGAUGAGUCAAAUGAUGGAUCUCAUCCCUUACACGAAAUGUCAUCACAGUCUCAGGAAAGCGUAGAAUUAUCGCCGCACAGUUUAAAUACAUCAAAACUUUCUCAGCCCUCUAGUAAGGAUUCUGAUUCAGAGGAAUCAGAUUGUAAUAUUAAAUUGCAUGAAGAUCAAGCUAAUGAGAACUCCAAGAUACAUUUAUCUCAGUUUUCAAAAAAAGACAAGUUUCAGAAGAAUAAGGUUCCUGGGCUAUAUAAAUCUAGUUCUCUGGACUCUCUGUCUACAACUAAGAUCAAACCUUUAGUACCUGCCAGAGCCAGUGGGCUGAGCAAGAAGCCAGCUAGCAUCCAGAGGAGAAAUCAUCAUAAUGCUGAGAACAAGCCAGGAUUACAGAUAAAAAUCAGUGAACUUUGGAAAAAUUUCGGAUUUAAAAAGGAUUCUGAAAAGCUUCCUUCUUUUAAAAAGCCUCUGUCUCCAGUCAAAGAUAAUAUCCAACUAACUCCAGAAUCAGAAGAGGAUGUAUUUAACAAACCCGAAUGUGCACAUGUUCAGAGAGCAAUAUUCCAAUAAUUGCAGACUGCUGGGAACCUGUUGCCUGCAAGAGAAUCUUAUCGAUCUGAAGUCCUGUUUGGGAA